AUGGAGGUGGGCGACUGCAUCGUCAUCGACGCCGGGUCGGCGAGCGUCAAGGCGGGCUACAGCGGCGAGGACACGCCGCGGUCCGUCUUCCCGUCGAUCCUCGACGAGGGCGGGGCCGAGGCGCUGUCGGGGCUGGCGCGGUCCGGGGGCCGGCGGCCGGAGUCCGUGGAGUGCCACUUCGAGAACGCGGCGCAGCACCCGAUCCAGCACGGCCUCGUCGCCGAGGGCAACUGGGAGAAGAUGGAGCGGCUCUGGGACGUGACCUUUGGCCGCGAGCUCCACCAGUACCCCGAGGGCUCGUCCGCGUCCGGCGGCGCGCACGGCGGCCUGAGCGUGCUCCUCGCGGAGGCCCCGGGCACGCCCGCGGCGGCGCGGGAGCGCGCGGCCCAGAUCAUGUUCGAGACCUUCAAGGUGCCCGCGCUCUGCUUCUUCAACUCCGCGUCGCUGUCGCUCUUCGCGUCGGGCCGGACGCGCGGCGUCGUCCUCGAGAGCGGCGCGGGCGUGAGCCACGCCGUGCCCGUCUUCGAGGGCUUCGCCCUGGCCCACGCCGUGCUCCGGAGCGAGCUCGCGGGCCAGGACGUGACGUCCGCGCUCGCGGCGAACCUCCGGCGCACGGGCAGCACGCUCGGCUUCAACGUCGUCCGCGACAUGAAGGAGAAGCUCUGCCGCGCGCAGCCCCUGGCCCAGCCGGGGACGCCCGCGGCCCCGGGCCCGGACGGCGCCGCGGCGCCGCCGCCGCCGGCCGACGGCAAGGCCGCGGCGCCGCCCGGAGCGGCGUUCGCCGACGUCGAAUACGAAUUGCCGGACGGGACCAUGGUCAAGGUCGCGGGCGCCUGGCGCGGCGCGGCGCCCCAGGUGUUGUUCGGCGGGCGCGCGGACCAGCUGGCCCUGCCCCAGCUCGUCGCCCAGUCCAUCGGCAUGUGCGACCGCGACUUCCAGCCGGAUCUGCGCGGCGCCGUCGUCCUCGCGGGCGGCACGACCAUGCUGCCGGGCUUCUGCGACCGCAUGAAGGCGGAGCUCAGCGCGAUCCUGCCCGAGGGCCACCUCCGCGUCCGCAAGUUCGCCGCGUGGAUCGGCGGCUCCAUGUUCGCGUCCCUCGAGACGUUCAAGCAGGUCCGCAUCAUGAAGCAGGAGUGGGAGGACGACGAGUCCAUCAUCCACCGCAAGAGCUUUUAG